GCAUGUCUCGCAGUAUGUCACCGACGAUGCAUGAGAUCAAGUGGCAUACGCCUCUUAAUCUUAAGGUCUUGUCACCGAACUUCACCUGACUCCUACAAUGUGGACUCUGCGAUAUUCUAUGCUGCCCACGCAUCGAAUGAUAUCAGAACACACGCCGCAUCCGUUAACAACGUCUUGGGGCGAAUGAAUAUCCAAGACAAUCUUCUGCUAAAGCCAACCACAGUCACGCCUUUGAUCUUUUUCGAGAUGGAAGCAUCAACAGGAAGAGUUCAACGGUCUUCAUAUUAUGCAGUUCGCAUAAUGCGAGGUGCGCACUGUGCAAUUUGGCUCCAAUGAUCGAGUGAUAAACACAUCCCUAGGUGUCUGAACGGGAGAGUGCAUGGCCCCAAAUCAAUUUGAUUCACAGCUUGGGAUUUUACAUGAAGGAAAAAGAAGUUUCAAACCAUGCAAUCUGAUUCUAGUGAUUCAUAGAGCCCUAGACAUCUUGAUGGGCAAAGGGAAUGGCUCAAAAUUCACACUUUUGCACAUUGUGGCGACGUUAUUUCUCAGUCUGUUGUCGCUACCUGAUAUGGACCAUGACUGCCCCCAUCGUUUCAUUCUUUGAAGUUAUUCAAGAAUCAUUUCCCAUUCAAUCAACUAUGACAUUAAGCGCCAUUUCAAACAACAAGGGCAAAUUUCCUAGGUCCGUGGAACUUCAUCAACCAGAUUGUCUUCGAUUGCAUGUUAUGCUAUUAGAGAUCCCAGAUACCGAAUUAUUGAAGGAAGAAUUUUCAACUAUAGACUUCCUAUGGCUUCGAAGAAAUAGCCCCUGGCCUAACAUGGUCAUGAUGGUGGUAUAUCGCUUUUUACACAUGCGCAACCUCUACCAGAUCAACCAGGGUGAUCAUAUCAAUGAACUUGUCGAUUACAUAUUCCAAAACGGGGAAUUACCAGACAAUCAAGAUUGCAGAGCACAAAUGAUUCACCGAUGCAAAAAAUUGAUCCUCUCAACUUCUAAAUGGACAUCAAAUGGUAUACUAAUGUACAAUGAGGACAACCGUCUGGUUAAGAACGCAAUUUUUCAAAACGCUUGGAACAACCAAAUCGUUAUCAUGCGAAACAGAAUCAAAAUCACCAACAAAGAAGUACCCCUCGUUGAAGUACCCAAUGAUAUUCCUGCAAAGGUUUCGGAACCAAACACUGCCAUGACCGAGGUAUCUGUCGCAGCUCUGAGCCCAUUACUGGAAGGAAGGCAGAAUAGCUCCGGAAUGAUCACCGCUACUGAACCCCUUAUCAAAGUUGAUCCUGACGGACCUGUGGAUUUAGUUGAAGAGAUUAAGGUAGCGUCUCGAGUGAAGUUAGAGCCCCUUGACUCGGAACAAGUUCAAUCAGCACAAUCAUACAAGUUAUCAGGCAAUCCCAAAUCACCAAUGGUUCCGGUGCUAAGAGAUGCUUCACUAAAUGUGACAGAUGGAACUUAUUAUUGCUCUGCCUCUUACUGUGAUGGUUUACCUAACCUUGAGUCCGACACUCCUGAUAGCCAUGUUCCCCCACUGGAUACGACUUCAAUUUCUCAGCCCAGUCCUUCACGAAAUGAUAAUAAGGCUGAAGUCAUAUUCUUCAAGGACUCGAAGCAUAUCAACUAUUCUUCCGAGGCUUUACUUUCACACCAUACCCAAAAGUUCAAGGCCUGUGCGCAGGUAACUGUAUUCACCCCAAACAAAUUUGAUCGAAAAGUUGUUCGUGAUGCAAUGAGUCUGAUCUGGAAAAGUAAUGAUGAAUUAGUUCUCUUCUGGAAAUCAGUGGCUUUGCAAACAUCUACCAUCAUUAAGAUCACGUUCCCUGACGCUGAUUGGUUACCUGGAGUCACUGUUGACAUUAACAGCGAUGACGACCUUCUCAGAGCUAGACAGAUUAUCUGGAAUAGCUUCUGGAUAUUCAUCGGCAAGCAACCAGAAACCAUUGUCUCGAUCUUCAAUAUUUAUGCAGCCCCUGAAGAGCCACAACUCUCGGUAGUACUCUCUAAGCGACAACGAAACAGUAUACCUGAUAAUCCUAUAUCUGUUCACCAAGAGGACGGCACAAGCCCUUAUUCCAACGAUGCAGCAUUCCGAAAUUAUAUGGCCAAAAUGGGUAGCCAGAGAUCUGGUAAAAAUUCUGUUCCACGCGAGGGAAGUCAAAGUAUCGGCCAAGUUCCAAUGUCACCAAAAUCAAUUCCAUUGCUGAAAAGACCUGCCAAGCGACCGCGCUUGAUAGAACAACAACAAUCCACAACAGCUCAUACAGAAGUUGGAACUACAAGGUCAAAUCCCAUACUCUUGGAACAGCAGGUGCAACAACAAAUACCACAACACCAGAUCACACAACAACAGAUGCCGCAACAAAAGAUACCGCAAUACCAGACACAUCAGCAAGAACAUGGCCCGCGCCCAAUCCAAUCACUUGCAAGCUCCCAUAUUUUGGGAUCUGCAUAUAAUCCUCAGCCACAACAGUUCAUACAAGCCCAGCCUUUCCAACCAAGCAGCAUUCACAGCCAACCACACACCGGUACCCUAUUGACAGAGACAGGUGUGUUUCACCAUGAGCCAAACAAUUCAUUCGCGCCAUACGCACAUCAAAUAUCGCCGCGUAUGAAUCGUUUUCCCCGUUCCCAGACUUUAUCAGUGAUGUCUCCUGCUCCAACUACAACCCAGGAAGACGUGCCCUAUCAACGCAUUCCUCGAAUGCCUGCAUCCCCUCUCACGGCUUCAUACCAACAUACACCGUACACUCACGCACCAGCACUGAUGUCCCCUCCUGAAACCAUGGCUAGAUCUCAACGUUCCUCGUUUUCAGCACAUUAUUCACCGCAAAUGCCAAUACCAAGACUCAACCAUCAUACCCCGACUUUCAAUCAUCCUGCAUUUCCCCAACUCCCACCAAUAAUUCCUCAAUCCCAUGGCUUUCCUACAUAUCCACCCUCCAACCCAAUUCCAACCCCAACCCCCACCAUCCAAUUACGCAUCCAACUCCAGCCCAACGGGCCCUUCAGCGCCCCCUACCCCAAACAUAUACUCGGCAUUCGAGGUAAACCCGGAGUCACCACAUCCCAAUUCUUCACUUGGUUCAUAGCAAAGACUCAUCAUCCCAGUCCCGGGAAAAAUAUCGACUCCCUAACCUUUCGAUUCAAAGAUGCAGUGCCAGUACCGCUUGCAUAUACCGUUUCUCGAACCGGAAUGGUGGAUGGAGUGGAUGCGAUGGUAAAGUUGAGAACCGAUAUCGUGAGAGAGUGUGAAAAUGCGGGGAGAUUGGUCAUGGGAUUGGAAAAAUUCGAGAUUUUUGUUAGUAUUACGGAAGAAGAAAAUAAGAGGAAGGAGGAGGAGCCGCUUGGACAGGUGUUGGGAGAGGAAUGGUAAUAUUGCAGAUAGGACGGUAAAGAAACGAUCAUGGUGACUCGAUGACCUCUUACAAAACGGCCCUCAGUUAAAACUACAUGAAAUUUUGAUCAUCAUAUUUAUUUAUGCAAAGAAAUACUGCGGUUAAUGUUUUACAAAACGUUUAUCUUGAGUAUUUAAUUUAGAGCAGAUUUCCCGAUUCCUUUUCAGAUGACACACCCAUACUUAAUAUCUCACACA